CCUGUUGCGCUUGUUCCAGCAAGCAGCAAAGCAGCAGAGCAGCAGAAGAGAAAGAGAGCAGCUCCCCCUCCGGCCAUCGCGCUCUUAAAAACUACUUGCUCCGCCGGAAUUGUUGGGAAAUUUCCAUUAAACCCUUUGAAUCUGCUCUCCUACUUCUCUCCUCUCUCUUUUCUUCUAUUGUGAUUCUAACUGCUCUUCUUACUACUACCUACCCUUCUUAUACUCUCCCAAUUCCAUAUCCAACUACCCCUCCCACCCAAAAGAAAUAAUGGCCAGCACGAUAGAGGAACGUCAGAGCGCUGGCACCGCCGAACUCAAAGAUGACACCGUCAUCGUAGUACUAGGCGCAUCGGGAGAUCUUGCUAAGAAGAAGACUUUCCCCGCGCUCUUCGGCCUCUACCGUAACAAGUUUCUGCCCAAGGGCAUCAAGAUCGUCGGCUAUGCCCGGACGAACAUGGAUCACGAGGAAUACCUGAGACGUGUGCGCUCAUACAUCAAGACCCCCACCAAGGAGAUCGAAGAGCAACUGGAUAGCUUCUGCCAGUUCUGCAGCUACAUCUCCGGCCAGUACGACAAGGAUGACUCGUUCAUCAACCUCAACAAGCACCUCGAGGAGGUUGAGAAGGGUCAGAAGGAGCAGAACAGAAUCUUCUACAUGGCACUUCCCCCCAGUGUCUUCACCACUGUUUCCGAUCAGCUGAAGCGCAACUGCUACCCUAAGAACGGUGUUGCUCGCAUCAUCGUCGAGAAGCCCUUCGGCAAGGAUCUUCAGAGCUCGCGCGACCUCCAGAAAGCCCUCGACCCCAACUGGAAGGAGGAUGAGAUCUUCCGUAUCGACCACUACUUGGGUAAGGAGAUGGUCAAGAACAUCCUCAUCAUGCGCUUCGGAAACGAAUUCUUCAACGCCACCUGGAACCGUCACCACAUCGAUAACGUUCAGAUCACAUUCAAGGAGCCCUUUGGUACUGAGGGUCGUGGUGGUUACUUUGAUGAAUUCGGUAUUAUUCGUGAUGUCAUGCAGAACCACCUUCUGCAGGUCCUGACCCUACUCGCCAUGGAGCGCCCCAUCUCCUUCUCCGCGGAGGAUAUCCGUGACGAGAAGGUCCGUGUUCUCCGUGCAAUGGACGCCAUUGAGCCCAAGAACGUUAUUAUCGGUCAGUACGGAAAGUCGCUGGACGGCAGCAAGCCCGCCUACAAGGAGGAUGAGACUGUUCCCCAGGACUCUCGCUGCCCCACCUUCUGCGCCAUGGUGGCCUACAUCAAGAACGAGAGAUGGGACGGUGUUCCUUUCAUUCUGAAGGCCGGAAAAGCCUUGAACGAGCAGAAGACCGAGAUCCGCAUCCAGUUCCGUGACGUCACGUCUGGUAUCUUCAAGGACAUUCCCCGCAACGAGCUCGUUAUUCGUGUCCAGCCCAACGAGUCCGUUUACAUCAAGAUGAACUCUAAGCUGCCUGGUCUGUCUAUGCAGACCGUGGUGACUGAGCUCGACCUCACCUACCGCCGCCGCUUCUCCGACCUCAAGAUUCCCGAGGCCUACGAAUCCUUGAUUCUCGACGCCCUGAAGGGUGACCACUCCAACUUUGUCCGUGAUGAUGAGCUGGAUGCUAGCUGGAGAAUCUUCACCCCUCUUUUGCACUACCUUGACGACAACAAGGAGAUCAUCCCCAUGGAGUACCCCUACGGAUCCCGUGGACCCGCCGUCCUGGAUGACUUCACGGCGUCUUUCGGCUACAAGUUCAGCGAUGCCGCUGGUUAUCAGUGGCCUUUGACCUCCACCCCCAACCGGUUGUAAUUAAUGACAUAGCCUAAGGACCCCCUGAGGUUAAAAUCGGGGCAUGACGAAUGAAGAAGCAAAAUGUCAGAUUAAGUUAUGAAAAAAAAUGUUAAUGCUACGGGGGCGAGAUCUAUGGCAAGACCGGACAUGUGGGUUGAUAUUGGCAGGAAAGCGAGCCAACGGUAGUGUUCAUCGGUCGGACGGGCAAUGACUGGAGUUAGUGUUUACACCCCUGUUUUCUUUCCUUAGAAAUGAAUGCAGAGCACGUUACGAAUGACAUGAGUGAGGC